CUGACUUACUGGCACAGCAUUGAAAGUCAAUUGAAAAUUGUUUGAAAGUAGAAAAAAACAAUGGAACACAUGAUGGCACCUAAAAGAGAUGCUCAUUGGAUUGGAUCAAUUCAUGCAAGUCCAACUGGAACUGAUCGGAGUUAUACAAAAGACUGCGAAUGGACAACAAUGCGAAAAGAAUGCCAAGUCCAGAAAAUGGAGCAUUCCUAUGAUCUCUACAUUGAGCGUUUGAUUGUAACCAAUGUGGCACUCUUUCUAUUCAUUAUGGAGCUACUAUUGGCAAUAAACCUAAUAUCAAUAGUUAUUUUAACCCAGCACAUAAAAUGGGAAUAUGGGACACUGUUAACGCUGAUGAUCCUGUUGCCGCUGAUACUUCUGAUUUGUUUUAAGAGGAAGUCAAGUUUCCAACACUUUCGCCUAUUCAACAUAAUCGCUAGCUGUGCAGCUGCCCUGCUGGUGUUGCUCAUGGAUAUGCUGGGAAGGAAUUAUGUUAAGGGUCGCUACGAUCACAUCAUUAUUGUAUCGGUGUAUUUCUUACUGCCGAUUGCCUUCUACGGGAAGCCCUAUCUGCUUGGCAUCGGAGUGUCCCUAAUCUAUUUAUUGUGCCCCAUGCUAACAAAUGCAAUUAAUUUACGACCGUUUGAACUGUCAAAACACGUCUGCAAUGCUUUCUAUCUGAUCUCAUUGAAUGUGGUUAUGAUGGCAUUUCGGAUUUGCAUGGAAUACCAUCUGAGACAACUGAUAUUAACUCGUCGCCAGCUGCUGCAUCAGAGCUUUGUCCUAAAGGAAACCAAGGAGAAGGAGAAGAAUAUUGUGGCGACAAUAGUACCAGCGGAUAUUGCACAUUCACUGGACCACGAAAUACAAAAACGCAUCGCGGAUCAACUUCUCUGCAAGCGGUAUCUGAACCCAAUUAUUUUGCCUAUUAAGUUAUAUUCGGAUGUUUCUAUACUGGCUGCUGAGAUGGUCAACUAUGCACAGCUAACCUCGCAAAUGGAUGUCAAAGAUCUUGUGCAGAUAUUUCACGAGCUCUUUGUCGAAUUUGAUUUGGCUGCGGAGGACCAUAAGGUGUUACGCAUCAAAUUUCUGGGGGAUUCCUUUAGCUGUGUCUCUGGUAUACCACAGCAUUGUUACACUCAUGCCAAUUCCUGUGUCGAACUGGCUCUGGACAUGAUCCUCAAAGCAAGGCAUUUGUGCGAAGUGCAUGAUCUGCUGGACAUAAAAAUGCGCAUUGGUGUGCACUCGGGUGAGGUCUUUGCAGGCAUCAUCGGUCGCUCGAAAUGGGAGUAUGACAUAUGGUCACGCGACGUGGACAUUGCCAAUCGUCUGGAAUUCACGGGCAUGCCGGGUCGAGUGCACAUCUCGCAGACAACGCUCAAGUUGCUGCACAACGAAUACGAUUAUGAGCCGAGCAGUCGACUGGACAGUUCAGAUAUCUACUUGAAGAAGACAUAUUAUAUCAACACAUAUUUAAUCUCCCCAAAGUUAUCCAAAUCCACAAUCAAGGGAGCGAAACGUAUAUUCAAUAUGACGCCAGGAUCACGAACAGCUCACAGCGUUUUUGAGAAAGAGUUGGAUGCUUCGCAUGAGUAUCAGCUGAAAAUAUAUCACCUCAUGUACAAAAAAGUGAAAUGCAUGCCUAUCGGCGCAAUACAAAUGGCGCGAAUUUUCGAUUUCUCUGAUGGUUCCCGUGAUGGCAACGAAGAUCGGGUGUUCCAAUCAUAUAUCACCUCGUUCUGGCGGCACUUUCGUCAAGCUGACAUCGAAUGGAAAUACAUCAAUAAGCCAGAUUUACUUAUGAAAUAUAGCCUGCCACUGAUGGUUUUCGUUGGCUUACUGUUCAUUAUCGAGCAUAUGCUGUCGCCAACAUACUCAUAUGUGUUGAUUAUGUGGGUAGUACUGGUUGUGCUAUUGCUAUUGUGUCUGCUGGUGUUCUAUAAGAAAAUUGUCUUUCAACUAAGCACAAACCCGCUUGAAUAUAAGCCACAAUUUAUCUUAGAUCGCUGGCUCUUCAAAAUAUCGGAGUUAUGUGAAGAGAACCUCGCCAUGCGAAUCGGAAUUUACUUCUUCGGCCUAUUCUUAGUCUAUAUCUUGGCAUCAUUUAAUACGGUUGCAUGCUUAAUACAUGGUAUCCAAAUGAAUAAUAUUGACGGAGUAAAACUCUUAAUGCCUGCGGAAGCCACCGAUAAUGUGAUUAUGGUCUUUACCCUUAUGUUCUUUACUGAUCUGCCAUUUGUCUUAAAGAUGGCCCUGAUCAUACUUGUCUGCAUCUCACAUAUCGUCAUCGUGCAAUCAUCACAUAUUAAGUCGGAAUUUCAAAUCAUCUGGUUUAUUAUAGCCUUUUGCCUGAUGCUCCUGAUCAUGGAGCAGCACAAUACCUAUCUCAAGAAAGUGGGUUACUACUACAACAUGCGCUACGUGGAGACUCAGAGGCAAACGGAGAUUAUCAGGCGCUCUCAAAGAGUGCUCAUGGUCAACAUAUUACCCAACCAUGUGGCGCGUUUGUUCUUGGAGCAUCCGCAGGUCGAAGAGCUCUUCCACGAGAGUUACAACAAGGUCGCUGUCAUGUCCGCCUCCAUCGUGAACUUUGAGCGGGAUAAGUGCGGAUUGCGAGUGCUCAAUGAGUACAUUUGUUACAUUGAUGAUCUAUUGUUGGACUACAGGGGCGAUUUUCAAGUGGAGAAGAUCAAGGUCAAGAACUGGACAUAUAUGGCUGCUUGUGGCCUAAAAGUCGAUCAUUCAAUGGAAUUGCCAUCGUGUAAACAGCAAAAUGAGCCUCGACUCUCGCAUCCGACGCUGCAGAACGAUGACAAUUGUGUCCUGACCUUGCUGCAUUUUGCUGUGGACCUGCUGCGCAUGAUGCACGAUAUAGCGUUGCAGAAUAUGCAUCUGAAAUUUGGUGGAUCGAUGCGAGGCCAAAUGAAGAUUGGCAUUGCACAUGGACCCAUCGUUGCCGGCGUUGUAGGCUUAUCGCCACCUCACUACGACAUCUGGGGUCAUACCGUUAAUAGCGCCUCCGGCAUGUGCUCCUCAGGAAUUGCGGGCUUCAUACAGGUCACCAAGGAGACGGCUCAGACAUUGCAUGGCUUUGAUAUCAAGUGCAGCUAUCGAGGCAUGAUGAAUGUCGCCAGCGUAGGUGAGGUUUCAUCGUAUUUGGUAGAUCUGGAUGAGCGGCUCAACUUGCAACAUAUUGAUAAGGAAGAUUUGGAUAUUAUUGAGUUCGUAGACGCCUAUUCAAAGUCAGACAAAGUUGUUAAACACAAUUUCUAAUUGGUGUAGAUUACACUUUUGAACAGAAGAUAUACAUAUAUUUGUAUAAUACAGAAGUUCUGGAGUCACAUUACGUAUAAACACAUAAAAUUUGAG